CGCCUCGCCACACUACCCGCCGACAGCCGCCAGUCGCCGCUCCGCAAGUCAACGGUCUGCACGGUGCACUCGCAUCCUGCCACUCGCGACCACUGCUCCCGCGCGCGUACUAUUUCAACUCUUUUAAAUUCUUCAAAGUUCCAUUUUCAAUUAUUUUAUUUUAAUUUAAUUUUAGAAAAAUGAGACCCAUUAUUUUUUUUAAGUUUCUUUUACUUUUUAGUCUUUUUGCGUUAACUUUUUCUAAACAUUGUCCGGGCAAGUGCCAAUGUUUUCGAAGCAAGGUCGCAUGUCUACAUCAGGACCUAACAACGGUCCCAAAGCCGGCAGCCGAUACCCACAGUCUGGACCUUCGCUUCAAUAAGAUCAGCGACAUAGAGCCGGGAGUGCUGUCCCACCUGCAUUCGCUGCGCUCUCUGCUUCUCAACGACAACCGGCUACGAGAACUGGUCUCCGGCACCUUCGAUGGACUCCGCAAGCUCAAGUACCUGUACCUGUACAGGAACCGCAUCCAAUACAUCGAGCAAGACGUGUUCCAGGGACUCGAGCACUUGGAACAACUGUACUUGCACAUUAACGAGAUCCACCAAAUCGACCCGAAAACGUUUUCCAAUCUGCCACAUUUGGAACGAUUGUACUUACACAACAACCACAUCAAGAGGAUUCCAGCAGGUUCCUUCUCGGAUAUGCCUAAACUGCGGAAGCUGCGUUUAGACAGUAAUGCCCUUAUUUGUGACUGUUCGAUGCUGUGGCUCGUAAAGAUGAUGGCCCAACAUAAUGAAAUGUACAUUGACGCUACGUGCUACGAACCCACUCGAGUCACAGGAAUGCCACUUUCUAUAAUGGAAGAAAGGGACUUUGAAUGUAAAAUUCCUGAAAUUCAGAAAGACCCUGAAGACAUAACGGUGAAUUUCGGAGAAGCAGCUAUGUUCACUUGUGUCGUCACCGGCGAUCCUACCCCUGAUAUAGUUUGGCUACGAGACUCCAACGAAAUUCCUAUCGACGGGACCCGUUACGAGGUUAUGGAUAACGGGACUCUGAUGCUCCACGAUAUCAGCGACGUUGACACAGGAUAUUUUGAAUGUAUGGCCAAAAAUCCAGUUGGUGAAGUGCACUCUAAACCAGCCAAAAUGACCGUCCAACGUAAACGGGACAGCGAAAAUCUAGAAACUGCCGCCCCUGCAUUCACCGUAAGACCACAAAAACAGUUUGCUAAGCUUGACCAGGAGUCUAUAAACUUUGAUUGUGCUGCUAAUGGUCACCCCAAACCUCACAUAGCUUGGCUGUUCAAUGGCGAACGGAUUUUAUUAAACGAACGAAUUUCAAUACGUCCAAAUGGAUCCAUUUUCAUUGCCGACAUUCAAGAGUCAGAUGCAGGCUUGUACACAUGUCUGGUUGAAAACAUUAAAGGAAAAGUUAACGCAUCGGCAGCUCUCGAAGUGAUGGUUCCGCCAACCUUUAUCCUGGAGCCACAUAACAAAACGGUAAAAGUUGGAGACGACGUGGAAUUUAUUUGCACUGCUAAAGGAGUACCAAAACCACUUAUCAACUGGUUUAGAAAUACUUUGCUUUUGCCAUUAUCUGAAAAUAUAAUUUUAAGUGAUAACAACCAAAAUUUAACCAUUCUGUCAGUGACUGAAGAUGAUGAAGGUAUUUACCAUUGUCGAGCAGAAAAUGCUGAAGGCUAUGUUGAAGGAUCAGCUUUCCUAACAGUGGAGAAUUAUGAAAUUAUCCGACCACGUAUUAUAUUAAAACCAGAGGACACAGAUGCUUAUAAAGAAUCAUCUGUUCAGUUACCGUGCGAGAUUGAGAGCGAACCUCCUGCCACAGUAGAGUGGAGAAAAGAUGGGUCAUACUUAGAUGACAGCCGAAAACAUUCGAUUACCAUAAUAGGCAGCCUAAUCCUGCAUAAUUUGACAGUAAGAGAUACAGGCAGAUAUGAAUGCUCGGUUUACAACGAGUACGGCCGCGAUACCGCAUCAGCUUUCUUAACUGUCAAAGACCGUGUUAUACCUGGUGACGAAUACGUUAAUAUCGCACUAACGGAAGCGACAAGAGACGUUGACCUUGCUAUAGAGCGAACCAUGGAUGAGCUAUUUAACAACAAUAACUCUUCUAAAACAGAUAUAAGUCGUUUAUAUCGAAUUACAAGUUUCCCGAAUGCACCAGCUAGAGAAGUCGCUCGCGCUGCUGAAAUAUAUGAACGAACUUUAGAUAAAGUAAGGGAUUUCAUUCAAGCUGGUCAUAAGGUAACAUCAGCUGAACCGUUCUUAUACCAGAACGUCUUGUCAAAUCAACAUCUAGAAGUAAUCGCACGCCUAUCUGGUUGUGUUGCACAUAGAGAUAAAAACGAAUGUUCCGAUAUGUGCUAUCAUAGCAAAUAUCGCAGCUACGAUGGUAGUUGCAACAAUUUUGCUCAUCCUACAUGGGGAUCAUCCCUAAGUGGAUUUAGACGAAUUCUAUUUCCUAUUUACGAGAAUGGCUUCAGUCAACCAGUAGGAUGGAACAAAGGAAUAAAAUAUAAUGGCUUCUCACUACCAAGCGCUCGUUUAGUAUCUACUUCUAUAAUAACAACCGAGGAUAUAUCUGAAGAUCAACAGUUGACCCACAUGGUCAUGCAAUGGGGUCAGUGGUUAGAUCACGAUUUAGACCAUGCUCUGCCGUCGGUGAGUUCACAGACAUGGGACGGUGUAGAUUGUAAGAAGACAUGUGCCUAUGCAGCGCCUUGUUUUCCAAUAGACGUGCCUCCUAAUGAUCCUCGGAUCACCAAUCGGCGCUGUAUUGACUUUAUUCGAACUAGUGCAGUAUGUGGAUCCGGUAUGACAUCGGUUCUGUUCGGAACUCUACAGCCACGAGAGCAAAUUAAUCAACUAACGUCUUUUAUUGAUGCUUCUCAAGUAUACGGGUUUGAAAAAUCUGUAGCCGAAGACCUGCGAGACUUAACGAAUGAAAACGGGUUAUUGCGGGUAGGAGUAACUUUUCCAGGUAGAAAGCCUCUGCUUCCUACCGUUGGUAUUAAUGGAAUGGACUGUAGACGGAACUUGGAUGAAAGCAACCGUAAUUGUUUUGUGGCUGGUGACAUCAGGGCUAACGAACAAAUUGGAUUAGCAGCAAUGCAUACCAUUUGGAUGCGCGAACAUAACCGGAUUGCUAUUCAACUUAAAGUUUUGAAUCCAUUUUGGGAUGGUGACCGAGUAUAUCAAGAAGCAAGGAAGAUUGUAGGCGCUCAGAUACAAAUCAUUACUUAUGAGCAUUGGCUCCCAAUAAUUUUGGGUAAAGAAGGAAUGAACCAACUAGGCCAAUACAAAGAAUAUGAUCCUAAUUUGAACCCAUCAGUAUCUAACGUGUUUGCAACUGCUGCUUUAAGGUUUGGCCAUUCUAUGAUAAAUCCACUAUUACACCGGUAUGAUGAAAAUUUUGAACCAAUCGCGGAAGGGCAUCUUUUACUUCGCCACGCCUUUUUCUCACCGUGGAGACUCGUAGAUGAAGGUGGUGUAGAUCCUCUGCUGCGAGGCAUGUUCACAACACCGGCUAAGCUAAAAACUCCGACACAAAACCUUAAUUCUGAAUUAACUGAAAAACUAUUCUAUAGCGCCCACGCUGUAGCUCUCGAUUUAGCUGCUAUCAACAUCCAGCGAAGUCGAGAUCAUGGUAUUCCUCCAUACACAAAAUGGCGCCAAUUCUGCAACAUGUCAGAAGUUAACGAUUUUGACGAUUUAGCAGGGGAAAUUAGUGACGAAACGGUACGUGAAAAAUUGAGGGAGCUCUAUGGUUCAGUGCAUAACAUUGAUGUAUGGGUGGGAGGAAUCCUUGAAAAUCAAGUAGAAGGUGGAAAAGUAGGACCUUUAUUUAGAUGUUUGCUUGUUGAACAGUUCCAACGCCUUCGAGACGGUGAUAGGUUUUGGUAUGAAAACCCAUCCGUAUUCAAACCUGAACAACUGCGGCAACUAAAAGAAACCAGUUUGGCACGCAUCCUUUGCGAUAACGGUGACAACAUUGAUACUAUCGGAGAAAAUGUAUUUAUUCUUCCUGAGGUUCAAGACGGUUUGGUUUCAUGCGAGGACUUGCCGUCCAUGGACUUACGCUACUGGGCUGACUGUGAAAGUUGUGGCGAUAAUGGGGAGCUGGAUCGGGCAAAACGGCGAGCUCGCAGAGAUACAGAAAUGGAAGAUGACAUACUAAUUGAUAAAGCGCGCAUAGAUGGCCUGGAAGAUUCACAACAUGAAAUCGAGAACACUAUCUCAAAAUUGAAAAAACGAAUUGAGCACUUGGAAGAAACCUGCAAAGCGGAUUAAAUGGUUAUCUGCAUACAAGCUGUUAUUUUGGAAAUGUUUUUAAAAUUUUAGAAGCCUAUUCUAAAUACACCUAUAAUGUUUCUACUAUCUUUUUACACAAAAGCUUUAAACCUAUCAUACGUGGUCCAACUAAUUAAGAUUAAUUUAACUUUCUCUUCCCAUAUUAAUUUUAUUUCUUUCUCUUCAAAUUAUUGAUACCCUUGCUGUUAAAUAUGAUUAAUUUUGCGAUAUAUAUCUAUUGUACUCAGUAAUUUUGACAUGAUCGAUAAUUAUAAACGUAAUUGGAAGCCUACACAAACUAAGAUACUGAAAUACAAUCUGUACCUAUUGCCUGUUUCUACAAAAUGUGUAGGAAAGUUCUAACUAUGUAUAACCGAAAACAGCCAAAAUCAAGGACAAAAAAGCAUUAGAAGUAAGGAAAUGUUUAAUUCAUUACGUGUAUUGUACGAAUGUUAUUUUGAUGAUGUUUAUUUUUUAAUAAUUUUCUAUUUUUAUAUGUUACGAUAUAUUCUGUUUUUGGUAUUCUACGAUGGGCAACUGAGCUGCAAAGUACGCCUCUAUGUUAAUUCUUAUUUAGUUUAGAAACGAACAAAUCUUAACUGUUUUGCGUACUUUUUCAUAACUGGAUAUUAAUUGUGCAGCCCAAGAUUUAUACAAUUAGUUACUAAUUUCGUUUCACAUGUGUUAUUACAAAUGUUAUAUUCCUAUUUUUAAGGGCACUUAAUCGUUAAAUAUUUUUUAAUUAAAAAUAACGACACUAUGACCUACCUACUGCAUACUACAUAAGUAGGAACAAUGGAUAGAAAAUUCGAAAGUACUCCUGUUAAUUCAAAUGUGUCGUUACUUAAAAGAUAUUUGACGAUUGUAAAAUUUGCUGAGAGGCAAAAUAUUCAAGUAUUAGCUAACACAUGUAACCAUUUUAAAUACAUAUUUAACCGCGUUAACACGUACACUGUUUGAAUCAAUAUUAUAUCUGUAGUUGUAAUAUUUAUUGGACUAACUGUAACUCGACCCAUAUUGUGUAAUGUAAACUGAGUUUAACUAAUGUUCCACAAGCGUGAGCGUCCAUUCAGACGAAAACUAUCUCAUUUUUAUGUCGUCUUUUAAAAAAAAAGUCAUAUAACUACAAAACAAGCUUUUGUGGGUACAAUUUUACAAGCCAUCAGCUACAAUUUAUGGGUCGAAGUAUAGCAAUCAUUGAUUAAAUAGUUAAUGAUCAUUAAGAAA